ACGGAAGGAGCUUUCUCGGUGAAGAUGCCGAGGUAUUGAACGUGAGAAAGAGCUUCUCUAAACCGAUAAUCCUUCAGCCAUAAGAACCGAUGAAACCGACCUUAGAGAUUGGAAUCCAUUGCUGGUCAGAGGUGAAGACAAUGAGCAUUUAAGAAAUGUCUUAACAACUAUUGAUGAGAAAUGAAACUACAUAUGUAAUUACAUCCGUAAUUAUGUACUUAAAGAAAACAAUUAAAAAUAGUGGUUGUAAGUUGUUUCCUUUAGGAAAGAUCAUUGUCUCUUCGUGGAAGCAAGAUAGAAGAUAAAGAAGAGAGAAGAAACAAUCUUCAUUCAUUCCAUUAUAUAUUUACUAGUUUAAUUAAGAGAACUUUCCUUUCCAAUUUCCUCAUUUUUCAAUUACAAAUAGAGAAAAACAAAAUGACGAAUCAAAGCAAAGUCAAUCCUCUCCUUCAGACACAGUUCAAUUCUGAUUAAGAAGAUUGUCGCGUCCGGUUUUAGAUUGGCUUGAACCAGUGUCCUCGGCAUAAUAACCACCACACAAGACACAGAGAGAGAGAGAGAUGGAUAUACUUAUCGGGGAGACUGACAAUUACGAUGGCGUUACCGUAACCAUGAAUGAACCAAUGGAUGCUGAAGUUUUCACCCACAGGCUCAGGGCUUCUCUUUCCCAUUGGAGACAAGAGGGGAAGAAGGGGAUUUGGAUAAAGCUACCUCUUGGAUUUGCUAAUCUUAUCGAGUCUGCUGUUACUGAAGGGUUUAGAUAUCAUCACGCGGAGCCAGAGUACUUGAUGCUUGUGUCUUGGAUCUCAAACACUCCUGAUACUAUUCCUGCCAAUGCUUCUCACAUUGUUGGUGUUGGUGCUCUUGUCCUCAACAAAUCCACUCGUGAGGUCCUCGUUGUCCAGGAAAAGAGUGGUUAUUUCAGAGACAAGAAUGUCUGGAAGCUCCCUACUGGUGUUGUCCACGAGGGUGAGGAUAUUUGCGAUGGAGUAGCUAGGGAAGUCGAAGAAGAAACUGGUAUUAUUGCAGAUUUUGUGGAAGUGUUGUCUUUCAGGCAAAGCCACAAAGCAUUCUUGAAACAGAAAACCGAUCUGUUUUUCCUCUGUGUCUUAACUCCACGCUCCUACGAUAUCACUGAACAAAAAUCUGAGAUCCUUGAAGCUAAGUGGAUGCCGAUCAAAGAAUACGUAGAUCAGCCAUGGAACCAGAAGAAGGAGAUGUUCAAGAUCAUGGCUGAGAUCUGCGAGAAGAAGUGCGAUGAAGACUACGUGGGAUUCUCCACUGUGGAAACCGUCACAGGAACUGGUAAGAAGAGCUUUGUCUACUGCAAUGCUGAUCACGCCACGAGCCUUAUAGCAACGCGUGACCAAGCAUCAUCAUCCUCUUCUCUCUGAAUCACAUUCUCAUGGAUCUCUCAGCAUUUUGUGAUUAUUGCGUGUACUUUGCAUUUGUAUUUUAAAUUAAAUAAAAACAAAACCAUCUUUCUGGGACAAAUGCUUUCCUUAGGCAUUGUCUUAACCGGUUUAAAAUACUCAGCUUUAUUAUGUUUCAUGGUUAUUUCUGGUUUAAUCCACUUUCGUUUGAUUUC